AUGCCGCCUGCCCGCCACACACGUGGCACUCAACCGACAUCUAUGGGGCUAGGACACCACUUCGUAAGCCCAAAGAAAGCUCGAGACCCUAAAAAAACACAAACUCUUGUUCACAUUCCCGGCAUCAACUCCAAGCAUCAGCGCCUCCUCGACCAAAUGGCUGCGUUGAUGCAGCCCCAAGUUUCGACCACUGAAACCCCCACCUCUACUGAGUCUCAAGCCCCGAUGGAUAUUGAGCACACCGCUGGUCACGUUGACGAUACGCUAAAUUACGACUACGAUGAUAACGAUUACAUCGCCGAGGAGGUAGCCCAGCCUGCUCAAGUAGCGUCUUGCCCUACAAAUGUGCCUAAGGUAGACCUUGGGCGUCGCCGUCUCUUGCCCAACAAGAUGGCUAACAAUCUAUAUAAUGCUUGGAAAGUGCUUAUCCCGACCCUGGUAGAUCCUCAUCUCAAAUAUUCUACAAGGACACACGGGUGUGCUCUUCCAGAAGUCCAUCCGGUCAUAUCCGCUUGCGCAAGCCAUACUAGUUGUACACAUCGACAAUUUUCCAUAGUUUGUCUCUUUUUUGACCGUUUCCUUUCUGUUGAUGUAUUGGCCUGCCGAUGUUCAACACUUUCGCAAGUCCUCCUUUACCAUGGCCUCUUUCCUACCGCUCCCUCCCAACCACGCAUGGCUGUUUCUACAGACCUACUCGCAUUCUAUCGUGCUUUGUUCGAGCGUUCAUGCGAUGCUAUCCAUGCGCUUGCGCAUGCCCUAAAGACCCAUUAUGCCCGCAGAGGCUUUCUCAUGACCAAUGCAGAUGGACAACUUAUUCAAGAACCAUUUCGUCGUGGACUUGGCCAAGCCGUCCAGUGGUUCGACAUCCUCCAGAUUGAGGUCGAACGGCAGACUGAAGCGACACUUCAAAUUUGUCGCGACCAAGUGUAUGAGGCCCGUAAACUUCAAUCUCAAGAGAACCCUGGCGUAACUACCCCCAUACGAUCCAGUACAACAUUAAUCCAAGGCCGGUGCGCCUCCAUUCUCACGCAGCAUUGCCCAGCCUGCUUUGGAGGCGUCCUUUUUGGUAGACCUCUUAAUGAAGGUGGCGACAUACAUGUUGCAACAGAUGGCAAUUUCCAUCAUCGACAUCGACGAUCUGCGGGCGACUGCCCACGCUUUUACGACCCCAUAUAUUUUCUUCCCAAGGCUCAAGUGGACAACGUUGGGCGACACAUCCUCUCGCAGCGUAAACGUGCACCAAGGAUUUGCACUUCUUUAGUAGUACCAGAUGAGGCAAUUGACCAAUGCGAGCACUCGUACGAGGCCGCAGAUGGUAAGAAGCAGAAGGCUGCGAUGGAUUCCUUCGAUGAUACGGGCGUCAUGGCUCUGAUAUGCCGUCACGAUAUCCCGCUCUUCUUCGCUAACAUUGAUUCACCUGGCGAGCAACAGAAAUACGCCGUAGCACUCAUUGAGCAUCUGUUUACUCUAUUGCCGCAGGAAGCCACUGUCAUUACCCUGUAUGAUGUUGGGUGUGUCCUCUCACGGUCAUUAUCUCAAUAUGAUAUUCUCCCCAAAUCAGUGACUUCACGUCUUCGAUUUGCAACCACGGCUAUGCAUGCAUAUGGCCACGAGUGGGCGUGUCAGCUCGAGUAUAACCCUCGCAUGUGCAACGGUCUUGGCCUCUCAGACGGGGAGGGAACUGAAAGACUAUGGUCAAGGUUCGUCAAAUUAAUUGGCAUUCAAAGGUCAUCAUCACGCCAGAAGCGUCUGUGGUUGAUAGACCGGCAAGCAGGCGCCAUUGGUCUUGAGAUGCGAACAGAUCUUGGCGAUUGGAUUAAACGGCGGCUCAAGCGUGGAGUUAAUGGUCAGGGUGCAGCGGCACAAGAAGUUUUAGAUAAUUGCGGUAUCGAAGCUCAAGACCUUCAGGAACAGUGGAAGGGCUCGGCUACUGAAGAAACCUUAGACGCUCUGGAGAGCCUCGAGCGCAGCCAUGAUCGUUUGAUGAGCAAAGUUGAAACAUUAUAUUCCUCGCUCAAUGUUCACGACAGAUUUCCAGAACUACAGGGCGUUGAUUUGGAUUUUGUUCGAACCCUUCUUAUGGCGCGCGAUCUCAAAAUAAAUAUCCGGAAGAGAGCAAUAGGAAGCUUUUUUGAAUGGGACAAACUUGACCGUGCGGUUGGUGGUGCAAAUCAGGCACUUGGUACGAAGCUACAUCAGCAGACACGUAAGGCUAUCGCUAAGCGCCAGCCGGCCUUGAUGACAGCGAUUCGCAAGUUUAACUCCUAUUGUGAGCAUCUGGAGAGCAUCUUUGACCCGUCCUGGGGCGUCCCGCUUCCUACUCCUCUCCCUACUAAGCUCGCCGAUCUUCGCAAAGAUCAGACGCUGAUGGAGGAUGUUUGGAUCACUCCAUCCGUUGGAGAUGUCCCUCAUUGGAUCGAAGACACUGACGUAAGAGAUGGCAUUCAAGCGUUGCUUAAACGGGAACGGUGCCAUGAAGAGCAGCGCCGCAUUGGGCAUGAAGCAGAUAACCUUUGUCGAUGGUUUGGAGCUGAGCUCACUGCGCUAGAACUCGCCCUCCGCUCUCCUACAAGUAAGCAAUUUCAUUUACAUCGAUGA